UCAUUACUGUGAAAUGAGGUGAUUAUAAACAUCAUUAUAGCGGGAUUUUAAAAUCUAUGCAUGUUUUCGCUUUAUUACGCAGCAAUGCGGAACCUUUAUUGUUGAGGAAACGUAGCAAGUCGGAUCUGUUGGAAGGACGGAACCUAAACAGCCACGUAGUAUAGGCAGGAGCACGUCUGAGGAUCACCGAGGACUCGAGCUGUCUGCACCAUCCAGGCCAGCCUGCAGUCUUAACCAAAGUUUACAGAGCAUGAAGUAAAAGUUAAUUGCACUAGUGAGACCCAGCUCAUGUUCAUGGAUGCUAGAGCAGCAUCUGUGGUUCAAGAAAUAUGGAAAAUGGAAAUAAUGAAACAGCCUCAGUGGAGGCCAAGCCUCAGCAGCCGGACGCACAGCACGGCAAAGAUCCAGACAGCAAUACUGUAGAGUCUCUGAAGCCGGAGAGAUCCCUCGUAAUGGAUAAAAUCCCUAAUGGUCAUGUCAAAGCAGAGCUGUUGCCAAACGGAGAGGCCGUGGUGGAGGGUCAGGAAACUCGCGGAGGCAGCACCCCACCUCUGGCAACUCCAUCCCCGGGCAGCCGCCUUCCCGAUUCCCCUCUGAGCGCAGAACUGGAUCCAGGUGUGGCCUCUUUCCCUGACAGCCUAGAGAAGUCUGAGGCAGCUCUUGCAGAGGGCUCUGUUCACAAGGGUGACGCAUUGCAAUCGCUCAGACUAAGUAUUCCUAUGCAGGAGACUGAAUUGUCAUCGAAAGAGCCAUCUGUGGAGAUGGAAAAUGAAGAAAAAAUCCGUCAGGAAGCUCGUCGGCGUCUGGAGGAACAGCUCAAACAAUACAGAGUACAGCGGCACACUGAGAGAACCCGGCGUUCCACUCCUAAGAGCCGCCAAUUUAGCACUUUGGACCCGGAGCUCAUGCUCCAUCCCGAGGGUCUCCCGCGGGCCAGUACUGUCGCCAUGACUAAGGAAUACUCUUUCCUACGCACCAGCGUUCCUCGUGGUCCCAAACUGGGAAGCCUGGGUAUCCCUUCCAGCAAGGAGAAGAAAUCCAAAUCAUCUCGCUCCAACAAGAUCCACUCUCUCGCCGACUACAGAACUCCCGAAUCCGACGCUAAAAGCACAGAUGCAUCUGGUGGGGUAGUUUCAGCGUCUGCCGACUCGUCGUUUAGCUCUCUGCAUUCCACCAUCAGCUCAGUCUCCACAGUUUCGGAAAUCAGCAUCAGUUCCGAGACCAACGCCCACUUGGAAUCAUCUCAGCAAAUCAGAGACAACGUCUCUGAGGUGGAUGGUAGCGAAUCAGGUUUCAAAGCUGAUGGCAAUGACAGCGAUAGCUCGUCCUAUAGUAGCGUGUCUACUACAGGGACAUAUAAUAUGUUAGCUGCAUUAGUGAACCGGCCAAAGGCUCCAUAUACUGUCGAAGGGAGAGAGAUUGCUGCAGAAGCCAUGGGCCACUUUCCAUCACUGCAGGAAGUCCUGCAGGCAGCCACUGAAGAGAGGCACACGGAAGAGCUGGAGCAGGAAAGAGAGGGCAGCGUGGAGCCUCGCAGUCGCAGGGACAGCUUCUCCAGCAGCGUGUCGUAUGGGAGUUCUGUGAUGGGGACUCAUGAUGAGGUGCUGCAAGUGCUGAAAGAGAAAAUGAGGUUAGAAGGACAACUGGAGUCUCUUUCCUCCGAGGCCAAUCAGGCUCUGAAAGAAAAGACAGAGCUCCAGGCCCAGCUGGCUACAGUAACUGCUCAGUUGCAGGCCCAGGUGGAGCAGACCCAGGCCAGUCAGGAGAAGCAGAGCACUCUCACCUCUGAAGUCACCACAUUACGCUCCAGCUGCUCUUCGCUGGAGAAGGCCAUGGUGGAUCUCCAGGGCGAUCUAGAGGGGAAGAAUGCCAGCCUGGCCUCGCUGGGCAAUGACCUGCAGCUGGCUGAAGAGCAGUACCAGAGGCUCAUGGUCAAAGUUGAGGAGAUGCAGCAGAACCUGAAUACCAAGGACAACACAGUCUCUGAGUUGCGGCAGCAGAUGGGAGGCCUACAAGCACAGCUUCAGCGGGUCCAGAGUGAGAGGAACGCUCUGCAGAGCAGACUGAAGACCUCGCAGGCAGAGGUGGACUCCCUGCAGCAGCUCCGCCUCUGGUACCAGCAGCAACUGACUGUGGCACAGGAGGCACGAGUGCGACUGCAGGGAGAGAUGGCAAACAUACAGGCGGGUCAGAUGACUCAGAUUGGAGUGUUGGAAAAUCUAAAGAUGGAGAAUGUUACUCUGUCUCAUAAACUUACAGAGACGAAACAUCAAUCUAUAAAAGAGAAGGAACGGAUUGCUGUGCAGCUACAAAGUAUAGAGGUAGACAUGUUGACUCAAGAAGCGGCCAUCUAUCAAAUCCAGGAGGCAAAGUCAAUGGUGGAGGAAGAUCUUCAGCGUAAACUGGAAGAGUUUGAAGAUGAGCGAGAGCAUCUUCUCAAACUUGCCAACACAGCCACAACACUGGAGAGAGAGCUCGAUCAGGUCAAACUCAUUCUCUCCCAAAAAGAUGCCCAGCUGGAAUUGCUUCAGCGUGAGCACCUAGAGCUGAUGAAGCAGCUCACCACUACUCAGGAGACCCUCCAAACCAAAGAACAGGCCCUUAAUCAGCUGGAGGCACGUUACCAGGAGCUCCAGACCCAGCUGGAGGAGCUACAAACUGACACCACAGCUAAAGAGGAAACCCUGCAGUAUCUCCAAAAUGAGAAAAUAGUCCUGGAAGUUGCUCUGCAGGCAGCACGGGCUGAUAAGAGCGAACUGGAUGAAGGAGUGGAAAGGCUUGGAGAGGAAGUGCUGGUGGCGUCAGACACUCUUGACCAGCUUAGGCAGGAAGUGCAGGUUAAAUCAACCCAGAUUGAAGCUCUCCAGCAAGAGAAUGGCACCCUCAAAAAACAAGCACAGAAACUGAAAGAGCAGUUCAUGCAGCAAAAGGUGAUGGUUGAAGCUUACAGGAGAGAUGCCAGCUCCAAAGACCAGUUGAUCUCUGAGUUGAAGGCUUCUAAAAAGCGUCUGGUGGCAGAGGUGAAGGACCUGAAGCAAGAGCUGUUAAAAAUGGAUGGAGAAAAGAAGAGCGCAGAACAGGAACAGACUCGCCUGCAGAAGGAAGUGGAGAGAGUCCAGCAGCAAAUGAAUGGUCUGGAAGCCCAUUUACAAUCCGUACAGACAGAGAGAGACCAACUUGACUCUCAACUGCAGUCCCUUCAGUUUAACCAGAACCAGCUGGCGGCAGUGACAGAAGAGAAUGAAAAUCUGAGAAAGAGGAUCGAACAAAUGCAAGAUGAAGCCAGAAAGGCUAUCUCAGAGCAGAAGGUGAAGAUGAAGCGAAUAGGCACAGAUCUGACCAGUGCACAGAAAGAGAUGAAGGCCAAGCAUAAGGCCUAUGAGAAUGCAGUUGGCAUUCUGAGCCGCAGGCUGCAGGAAACCCUCACCGCCAAAGAGACAGCUGAGGCUGAACUUGAAAAACUCAGAGCUCAGGUUUCAGAGGGUGGAAAUAGCCUAGAACUUCAGGCCAAGGUGGAGUCCCUGCAGGGAGAGCUGAAGGCAGUGAGCAAGAGUAAAGCCAUGCUAGAGAAAGAGCUACAGGAGGUCAUCACCCUCACUAGCACUGAGCUGGAGGAAUAUCAGGAGAAAGUGCUGGAACUGGAAGACGAGCUUCAAGAGUCAAGAAAUUUUAAGAAGAGAAUUCGUCGCCUGGAGGAUGCUAAUAAGAAGCUUACGCUUGAGCUAGAGCAUGAGAAAGGGAAGCUCUCCGGGCUUGGGAAAUCCCACAGUGCGUUGCGGGAACAUGCCAAUAUUCUAGAGGCUGCAUUGGCAAAGCGAGAAGCAGAUCUUGUCCAGCUCAACUUACAGGUUCAGGCAGUGUUAAAGCGUAAAGAAGAAGAGGACCAGCAGAUGAGACAGUUGGUGCAGACGCUGCAGGCUGCUCUGGAGAAGGAGAAAAUAAAAGUCAAGGAUCUGACCGAGCAGGUGGCGGAGGCCAAGCUGGAGGCAGCCCAUAACCGCAGGCAUUACAGAGCAGCCAUGCUGGAACUCAGCGAGAUCAAGAAAGAUCUGCAGACCAAAGAGGAGCUCAUCAAAACCCUGCAGAAAGAGGCUAAAACACUUGCGACACAAGAUGAGAAGCACUCUGAAGAGGUUUCUCAUUUCCAGGAGGAAUUAGCUGAUGCUCAUGCUCCUCAGAUCCUUCAAAAACAACUUGAUGAUGAGCUCAGCAAACAGCCCCUCACUAACCAAGAGGUGGAGGAUCUGAAGUGGGAGGUGGAGCAGAGGCAGCGGGAGAUCGAGACGCAGAAACAGCAGCUGGAGAUGGUGGAACAGUGUCACCAGAGAGAGAUGGACACCCUGCAGGACACUCUACAGAGGAUAAAGGUGGAGCUGGAGAUGGUGCAGGAAGAGCUCAACGGCACACGGAAGGAUAAAUUCAUGCUGCAGGCUAAAGUGGCAGAGCUGAGGAACAGCAUGAAGACUGUUCUUCAACAGAACAACCAGCUCAAACAGGACCUCAAAAAUGGCAGGCUCAGAAAGCGGAUGGAUUUAAAGGGGGAAUCGACCCCAGUGACUCCAGUAAAAAUCCCAGACUGCCCUGUUCCUGCUUCACUUUUGGACGAACUGUUGAAACCCUCAGCAUCCGUCAAUAAAGAACCUCUCAAUAACCUCCACAACUGUCUGAAACAGCUAAAGCAGGAGAUGGACAGCCUUCAGAAGCAGAUGGAGGAACACACGGUCACAGUGACGUCGUUGGCCAGUGCAGAGGAGGAGCUCCAAAAACUGGGGCUUCAUGACGACAAUAUCAACGAUUCACCUGAUAAAGAAGAGAACGAUGAGAUGCAGCCCUCGUAAUACACAAAGAAUCCUUUAAAGACAUUAACUGAGGAGAAAGUUCCGUUUUAUCUCUAUGGGCACUUUUAAGUUUCUUUCUUUUAUUUCUUGUCAACUGCCAAUAUUUGGCUUUAUCCCUUCCUAACCAAGAUUGUUCGGGUGAAACGAAGCGUUUCUUUAUACCACAGCUUUAUUUUCGGGGGUCAUUUUGGUGUUUGUUUGUGUUCACUAUUUAUUUUCACGUUGAACAAAUAGAGCUGCUCUCUCUCCAUCUAUCUGUUCUGUUUAUCUCGCUUUCACAGUAGUCGCCCACCUGACGUUCAGCUUUGAUUUUGUUUUCUUUCUCAUCUCAUAAGAGGUGCAGAAAGAGGUUUGUGAGGGCUACUGCUAGGCUGCUUAGUCCUGCAGAAGUGAAGAAGAAAAAAACACAAAUGUGAUUUACAACAAACAUCCAGGGCACCAGACUCCAGUGUUAUAGUAACUAGUGACCUAUUGACCUGAUUGGUCAGAUAUAUAUAUAUAUAUAUAUACUACAUAUCCGUUUGGUUGUAGUUCUCACUUCUUGCAUGGAGAAUUCAGCAGCUGAACUGUUCUUCCAUUCCUCUGUGCCUGUGAAUGAGCUGACCUCUCAUUCCAUCACUGGACAAAUGCCUGAUCUAGAGCUGUUCCCUGCAAUAUAUAAUGCAAAUAUUAUCUACUAAAAGAUACGAGGCCCCAUAUCAAUCACGCAUUUUAGAGCACAGAUCAGCCCAGAUUCCCCCAAAAACAGAGCGUUCUUAGUUUUCCCAGGCCUCAAAUCAAGUCUAAAGCGAUGCUGACAACUUCCUGUCUACAUGCACACUGUGUACUCCUUUACCCAUAAGUCUCAGAUCCACUGUUCUUUGAAGGGACUAUAAUGCGACCUUGAAGAUGCGCUUACAAUAUUAUACUUCGCACUACGGCCUAUUUCUGAUUGAAACUCAGGACCUGAAGCCCCAGGAAUGUACGUGUGAGACUGGGAGAAAGUUGUAGCCCUUUUGUUCGGGGUAAUGUAUUAUAGAUUAGAUCAUCCGAUAUCAGCUAGUAUCUGGGUUUUGCCUACGGUUCGCAGAUGUGAGAUCUCAUAGAAAAGGUCUUGACGACUGUCAGAAUUCGACUAGUUCUGUUUAGGGCUGCGCCUUAAUAUCAAUCCAAUAAGGAAACCUUUAAAUACUACUAAAAAUGUAUAGCUUGAAUGAAAUUUUUCUGUUGGGAAAUAAUGUAAAAUAGGUUGAAUGUGCUCUCGAAAGUGCUGUUGAGUGUGUUGUACGUAUAUAUUUAUAAUAUAUAUAUAUAUAUAUAUGAAAGGUGUUGACUUCUAUUGCACAAUUGAUAAAAGAAAGCAAGCUUACUGACUUUCAGGUAUGGACUGAUGUAAAAUAUUACUUUUUGAUGGAAAGAUUUUGCCUUUUUUUUUUUGCCUGAUACUAUGUUUACUUAUUUAAAAACAUUUUCACUUCCUGAAAUUCUCAUGGAUAGUUUGUCAUUACAGCCUUAAUUAUUGAAAAUGUGUGCAAAAUAUAUUUUGAAUAAUGUAUUUUAAUUAGGUGUAAUAUUUCUGUCUUUCCCCUGAUGUCUUUAUUUCACAAACUCCAUUUGUCGGUUGUGUCUGUGGAGCUGAACUUAACCACGUAAUUGGCUUGAACUGUUUUAAGUGUGUUCUGAGAUAAUGACAUUGAUCUCCGUGUAUGGUAAUAACCUUUAGACUGCUUUAAACGAUUAAGACAUAAUGGGAAAUGAAGCUUUACACACUAACAUGUACAUGUAUCUUCAAAGGAUUAAUACAUAUUCCGUGAAAGGGAGGGAACUGUUUUUAAUUAACUGAAAGUGUACUGUGUGUUAUUUACUGUACUGACUAAAAGCACGAGUUUCUGUUCAGUGUUUAUAAAUGAGAAAAAAGUUUGACUUUUAAUUCUUUGCUUGCUCGGCAUUUUUAUGGGAUGUACCAUAUUGAGUGUAAAAUAUAAAUCAUUCUGUAAAAUGA